AUGGCUUCGUUUCAGCUACUUCCACCAUAUCUUCCUCUUCACCAACUUCACUUCUCUCGCCCAAGCUCCAGAAACUUAAUUGCUAAACCUUCAGAACCUCUAAAGCACCAAACUUUGAAGCCCCGCUAUCUGCUUAAACCACCCAAAUCACACAAGCUAAACCCACCCAGAGCUUCCAUUAAUGGCGAGGACAACGGAAGCAUCGAGUCCAGCGAACCCACUCGGCGAGGCAGGAAAAAGGGUCCCACUUCCUCUUCAUCUUCUUCAGCAACAUCUCCACUGAAAAAGACCAAGCGUUUGAAAAAAGCCCAGGUCGAAAAUGGCACAGUAGAAACUGCCAAACCCACAAUCCAAACCGAAAACCCAGACUCUGAGCUCGAAGAUUACGAGGACGGCAUCGAUUUUCCGUACGACGACCCUCCUCUGGUCUGCUGCUUCGGCGCCGUGCAGAAAGAGUUUGUUCCCACGGUUCGGGUCUCCGACAACCCAAUGCACCCGGACAUCUACUCGCAGUGGAAGAUGCUCCAGUGGGACCCGCCGGAGUUUGUGAGGGCCCCAGGCGGGUCGCCGUCCAACGUGGCAAUUUCGCACGUGCGGCUCGGCGGCAGGGCCGCGUUCAUGGGCAAAGUUGGGGACGAUGAUUUUGGGGAUGAGCUGGUGUUGAUGAUGAACAAGGAGAAGGUUCAGACGCGUGCGGUGAAGUUCGAUAGGAAUGCGAAGACUGCUUGUACUUAUAUGAAGAUUAAGUUUGAUGAUGAGAAAAUGUGGGCUGAGACUGUGAAAGAGUCAGCUGAAGACUCUUUGCUCAGCUCAGAACUUAACCUAGCUGUGCUCAAAGAGGCCAGAAUGUUCCACUUCAGCUCAGAAGUUUUGACAUCUCCCUCAAUGCAAUCGACCCUUUUGAGAGCAAUGUCUUAUUCAAAAAAGUUUGGGGGGCUUGUGUUUUUCGAUGUGAAUUUGCCAUUGCCUCUAUGGAAAUCGCGUGACGAAACCAGGAAAUAUAUGGAGAGAGCCUGGAAUGAAGCAGACAUAAUCGAGGUUUCGAGGCAGGAAUUGGAAUUUCUUCUAGAUGAAGACUAUUAUGUGAGGAAGAGGAAUUACAGGCCCCAAUACUAUGCUGAGGAGUUUGAACAGACCAAGAAGAGGAGAGAUUAUUACCAUUACACGCCUGAAGAAAUAUCUCCUUUAUGGCAUGACGGACUUAAAUUUUUGUUCGUGACUGAUGGAACGCUUCGGAUUCAUUACUAUUCCCCUUCAUUUCAUGGUGUUGUGAUUGGAACAGAAGAUGUGCUCAUAACCCCAUUCACUUGUGAUAGGACUGGCUCUGGGGAUGCAGUUGUAGCUGCUAUUAUGAGAAAGCUGACCACAUACCCUGAGAUGUAUGAAAAUCAGGAUGUUUUGGAAAGGCAGCUUCGUUUUGCAGUUGCAGCAGGAAUUAUAUCGCAGUGGACGAUCGGUGCUGUUAGAGGGUUUCCUACAGAAAGUGCAACUCAAAAUCUGAAGGAGCAGGUUUAUGUACCUUCAAUGUGGUAG